AUGAGCCGGUUCGGGGGUCGCGUUCGCGAGUACCCCGGGGUGUCCAUCGACCGCUUCGCCCGCGACAACCUGCGGGCGCGCGCCUACUUCCUGUCGCACUGCCACAAGGAUCACAUGAAGGGGCUGCGGGCGACGGCCAUGAAGAGGCGCCUGGAGGGCAGUUUGAAAGUUAAAUUAUAUUGCUCACCAGUAACUAAGGAACUGCUGCUGACUAGCUGGAAAUACAAGUUUUGGGAGAAUCACAUUGUUGCAUUGGAAGUUGAAACUCCAACUCAGAUUUCUUUAAUAGAUGAAACAUCUGGUGAGAAAGAAGAUAUAGAAGUGACACUUCUACCAGCUGGUCACUGUCCAGGAUCAGUCAUGUUUUUGUUUGAAGGUGAAAAUGGCACUGUGCUGUAUACAGGGGAUUUCAGGCUUGCAAAAGGAGAAGCAGCCAGGAUGGAGCUUUUGCAUUCAGGGACUAGAGUAAAAGACAUCCAGAGUGUGUAUUUGGACACCACUUUCUGUGAUCCCAAAUAUUAUCAUAUACCAAGCCGGGAGGAAUGUUUAAGUGGGAUCUUGGAGUUGGUGCGAAGCUGGACCUCACUGAGUCGCUAUCACGUGGUGUGGCUGAAUUGCAAAGCUGCUUAUGGAUAUGAAUAUUUAUUCAUAAACCUCAGUGAGGAGCUGGGAUUCAGGGUGCAUGUGAACAAACUUGAUAUGUUUAGAAACAUGCCAGAAAUCCUCUACCAUGUCACUACAGAUCGACACACUCAGAUUCAUGCCUGUCGACAUCCUCGGGAUGAUGAAUGCUUUCGAGGGAACAGACUGCCCUGUGGGAUGACUUGCCAAAAUGGAACUCCCUUGCACAUAAUCAGCAUCAAACCCUCCACUAUGUGGUUUGGAGAAAGGAACAAGAAAGGCAGUGUAAUAGUGAGGACUGGAGAGAGUACAUACAGAGCUUGUUUCUCUUUCCACUCUUCAUACAGUGAGAUUAAGGAUUUCCUGAGCUAUAUCUGUCCUGUGAACGUGUAUCCCAAUGUACUGCCACUGGGUGGGACAGAAGACAAAGUUAUGGAAAUUUUAAAGCCAUUAUGCAGGUCCUACAGGAGAAACAUGGAACCCAGGUACAAGCCCUUAGGAACACUGAAGAGAGUCCACAAGAGAGACUCAUCUGAUACAGAUGAAGAUGACCUCUUUGAUGCAGAAUCAACUUCUGCAAGGCCUAAAAUUCCAAAACAGCAUAGGGAAGAGAGCAGGCCCUCCAGAACAGGACAAGCUGAAAAUGCUGAAGGAAACAUUAAUGAGAGCAGAGAAAGUUACAAAGCAACCACAGCUUACACCUCCCUGAAGGUAGACUUCAUGGACUGUGAGGAAUCAAAUGAUGAUGAUGAUGAAGAUGAUGAUGAAGAAGAAUCUGAAAAAAAUACAUCUCAAGUUCUUUCCCCUGAGACAGAUGCCACUUCCACAUCAAAUUUUAAUGGAGGAACUAGUGACCAACAGGAGUCUAAUGACAACAUCCCUCGCUGGGAUACAUUUUUUAAGUGUAACAAACUAGAAGAAAGCUCUGAAAAUGAGGACAACUUCCCAUCUUCAGCAGAUGCUGGUGGGUCCCAAUCACUCUUCAGUGAUUCAGAUGGAGUAAGUGACUCAACACACAUCUCCUCCCAAAAUUCUUCUCAGUCAACUCACAUCUCAGAGCAGGGGAGCCAGGGCUGGGAUAGUCAAAUGGACACAGUACUCAUUACCUCCCAGGAGAGAAAUGCCUUGGACAUGAGCUGCUUCAGCAAAGGUGGGAGCAGAACAGUGGUUUCUGCAUGGCAGGACACUGCCAAGGACAGUCAACCUGACAGCAGUAGGUGGAAGCCAUUGGGUCAAAACAGACCUUGUGCCCAUGUUGUUGUCUGUGACUUGAAAAGCAAAGACUGUGAGAAAGACGCAGAAACUGCCACUGGUGACAUUCAAGAUGUGUUGGUGGAAGUAAGUGACAACCCCAGGACUCCUGAUCCAGAACUGAUGAGAGACUCCCAGAGCUCCUCUGACUUCGAAAUUCCCAUGACUCCUGGUGCUGAAGCACCUAAGCCAGAUAAGCUGUACUGUUUGUAUCAGAAGCUAGCAGCAGGAGAAUGCAUACUCAGUGAAAAAAAGGGCUCCUGA